AUGGCAACAACUGACGAAAUACAACAAGCAGUUGAAAGUUUCUUUCUUUUGUUCAAUGGUGUUAUUGUUUUCUUAAUGAGUUGUGGUUAUACACUUAUUGAAUCAGGAGGUGUUCGAAGUCAAAAUGCAGGUCAUAGUCUUUUUAAAACACUAUUGAUUUUUAUUACUUCGGCACUUGCUUAUUGGGUAACUGGCUAUGCAUUUGCCUUUGGUGGUACUCCUAAUGUUAUUUUAGGUACACGUUUUUGGGUUAGUGAAAAGUUUGGUUCAAGAGUUGAUAAUCAAGCGGGUUAUCCAGGCGUUGAAAAUUUUACUAAUUCAAAUAACGUUUAUAAUUUAAAUAAUCAAGAUCCAUAUAUACAUUUCUUCUAUCAUUAUAUGUUAACAUUUCUUGUUACAAACAUAGCAGCAAGUGCAUUCGCUGAACGAUGUCAAGUUAUAGUUUAUGUACUUUUUUCAAUUCUUAUGUCUGGAUUUAUUUAUCCAUUUCUUGCACAUUGGAUGUGGGGUAGUAAUGGUUGGCUUGGUGAUGUUGUUGGUGCACGAGAUUAUGGUGGUAGUGCAAUAAUUUAUUUAACAGCAGGUGUAGCUGCCUUGAUAGGUACAAUUUUUCUUGGUCCACGUUUUGGCCGAUUUGAACCACGUGCAUUACCUUUAUUUGGUCAUAGUAUUCCAAUUACAUCAGUUGGUGCGAUUCUUGUUGCAUUCGGUUUUUUCGUACUUAAUUCAGGUGCUGAUCAUCGUAUUACUGGAGUAGCUUAUGGUGAUCGUGUUGGACAUGGUCUUAUUAAUACAGUCUUAUCAGGUGCAGCAUCAGGUGCAACUUAUUAUAUAUUACAACGUCUUAUUGAAUCAGUGAAACAACCAGCUCGUCAUCUUAAACGACGUGUAUUCUUAUCAACUGUUAAUUCAAUUAUAGCUGGUAUGGUUGCUGUUGCUGGUGGAGCCGUUGCUUAUAAUCCUUGGUCAGCAAUAGUUAUUGGUUUUAUUGCUGCAUUAAGUUUCUUAUUAUGGAGUAAAUUAUUACUUAAAUUUCAUGUUGAUGAUCCUGUUGAAACAGCAGCUGUUCAUAUUGGUGGAGGUUUAUGGGGUAUUUUUGCUGUACCAAUCUUUCGACGAACAAUUGGAGCAGGUGUUAAUGGUGGAUAUGAGGAAAAUGCCUUGUCAAUUAUCUAUCGAAUUACUAUGGGAGAAAGUUGGCGGGGAUUACUUAAUUCAUUAUGCACUGCAGCUGUUGUCAUGGCCUGGACUGCUAUAUUUAUUACAAUUCUAUUUCUUGUACUUAAAUUAGUUCGUUUAUUAAAAGUUUCGAGAGACGAAGAAUUACGAGGUAUUGAUCUAUUUCAACAUGGUGAACCAGCAUAUGCACUUCGUAUUUAUUGUGCUGCAUGUGGUGAACAAUUACAAGGUAAAACAAUUGAACAUGAAACAAUUGGUACACGACCAAAUUUUCCAGCAAUUGUUACUGAUGCUGAAGGAGCCAUCGUCCCUAUCGAAUAUUUCAGUGAUCGAAAUGGCUCCAGUGGAAAUAUAAAUGGAACGAAAAUAAAAUCAAUGAACGAAGAAAAUCGUGUCUGA